AUGUUGCUAUGUGCCGUGCACUCCCACCUCACCAUGUUGCUAUGUGCCGUGCACUCCCACCUCACCAUGUUGCUAUGUGCCGUGCACUCCCACCUCACCAUGUUGCUAUGUGCCGUGCACUCCCACCGCACCAUGUUGCUAUGUGCCGUGCACUCCCACCUCACCAUGUUGCUAUGUGCCGUGCACUCCCACCUCACCAUGUUGCUAUGUGCCGUGCACUCCCACCUCACCAUGUUGCUAUGUGCCGUGCACUCCCACCUCACCAUGUUGCUAUGUGCCGUGCACUCCCACCUCACCAUGUUGCUAUGUGCCGUGCACUCCCACCUCACCAUGUUGCUAUGUGCCGUGCACUCCCACCUCACCAUGUUGCUAUGUGCCGUGCACUCCCACCGCACCAUGUUGCUAUGUGCCGUGCACUCCCACCCACCGCACCGCACCAUGCUGUCUCCCGUCCCUCCCUCCCACCAAUCUGCACUCUCACACUUCCCUCUUCUGCUCGUCUCGCCCCCCUGCCUCCGUCCUGCAGUGCUGUGCUGCCACUGCUCACAACAGCGUCACUUGAUGCUCGCAAGCAGUGCGCCCUCGCAGCAUCUGCCGUCCUGCACACAGAGUCUUGCCCUCCUCGCACCCCACUUGUCUCUACUCUUGCUACAACCAUCCCACUGCCUCCGCAUCCCAACCCACCUGCAAACCCCCACACCCCCCUUCUUCUCUCUCCUCUCCCCCACUCGCCUCUACCUGCCGCGCGCCCAUCAGGCCAUCCACGCCAUAGCGCCAUCGCGCGCCAUCCUGCGCCCGGCCCUCAUCACAGUGGUGCAGCCGCCCCUGGCAGCGCUGCUGCGCAAGUGGCGCUCGGCCUUUGCCUUCAUCCCGCACCUCACAGACUUCGAGGGUCACAACCCCUUGUUGAGGGAUGAUGACCGCGCGCUUGCCACUGAUGCUGCACCCCAUGAGGCAUCACUGGCGCUGCUGCAAGUGAUCUGGGUGGCAGCCUUGGCGUCCCCCCCUGCCUCCGCGGCCCUGGCAGCCAUGGCUGCUGCUGCUGGCCCCGGCUCUGUUCCCCCCCGCACCACCCUCACCUCCUCCUCCUCCGCCUCCUCCCUCUCCGCCCUCUCCUCCGCUCCUGUCACGCGCACGUCUACCUACCCUAGCGCCACCCCACCCACAGGCAGCACCAUCCUUGCUGCCUCUGCCAGUCACGCACCUGGGACUGCCAGUAGCACUUCUGCUUCUGUCACCCGCACUAGCAGUCAUCACCUGCCGCCCGGCCAGCCUGGCGCCAGCUCAGCAGUCAGCCGGCGCAUGUCUCAACGCAGCGGCAUGACUAAAACGGGGGGAGGGAGGCAGGAGGGGGAGCGGGAGGGGGCAACAUCGUCCCAGCGGCGCAUGAACGGCGACAAGGACCGUGCGCAGAGGUGGAGCCUGGGGGAGGCCGUGGAGAAGGCGUGGGACUGCAGUCGGGGCAUCCCUGUCUCUGCUGCCACUCGCACCAGUGCCGGUGCUGCUGCUGCUGCUGGUGUUGGAGGGGUGGAAGGGAGGGAGGGAGGGGCAGCAGCGGCGGGGGCAGAGGAAGGGGGGAAUGGCACGGCGCUGGGUCCCACGCUGGGCGGGCUGCAGCAGCACCUCGAUGGCAUGCGCGGCCUCAUUCGCGCUCAGGUGCUCAUCCCUACCCUCAGGUGCGAGUCCCUACCCUCAGGACAAGGGGAGAGAGAAGGCUCAGGUGGAGAGAUGAUGAAUGCGGGUGCUGUAUUCGCCGUUUCCUCCGUGCACCUCUUCCCUUCACCUCUCCCUUGUGCACUGAGGCUGCGGAGGGUGAAGAUCGAGACGCAGAUGGCGCGCGCGCACACAGCUGGCAUGCGCAUGUGGCGCUCCCUCAUUCGCCAGCUCCUCGAGUCAGGGCUGCUCGUGGGCCUCCCUGGCAGUUACCACGAGUUGAAGCAGCGCCGGGUGUUUUGGAAGCUGGACCGCGUGGAGAGCAGCGCGCGCAUGAGGCGCCGCAUGGUGCGCAACUACCGCGGCUCCGACUGCCACGGCCUCGCUGCUGACUUCCGCCCCCCCACUCACGACCCCCCGCCCGCUGCCAAGCGCGCACGCUCCCAGGGGGACACGGAUGGGACACGAGAGGAGGAUGGGGAGGGAGAGGGGGCUGCAGUGGGAGGAGGGGCGGGUAGUGAGGGUGUGGGUGUGGAUGGGGAGGGGAAGGAUGAGGCGAAGGAAGGGGUGGCGGAGGGGAGUGGCGUAGGGGAUGUGGAGGGGGUGGGAGGGGCCAUAGUGGAAGACGCAUCGGGGCUGCUGGGCGGCUGCCUGCCAGCCCCUGUGAAAGACUUCGAUGCUCCCGUGCUGAUGAGCGCGGAUGAGGAGGGACCGCAAGGGGAGGUCGAGACAGACAGACGGGAGGGGGAGGGUGGAGAAGGUGAGGAGACGGAGGGGGCACGAGGUGCAGCAGAGGGGGAUGGUGAAGGCCGGACAGUAGCAGAGGGAGGUGAAGUGGGGGGUGCUGCUGUGGAGCAUGCGGUGCUGGAAGGUGGUGUGAAGCACAUGCCAGCGUCGGCAGUGGCAGCAGUGGCGUUGGCAGCAGGCGAGCAGCCGGGGCUGUCAGCAGUGGUGGGCAGCAGCGAGGUGGCGGCAGAGGUGGCGGUGGGGGAGAGGGAGCGAGUGGUGGUGGAGGUGCCGGCCAUGAUGGUGCUGCCCCUUCAAGUCCUCAACGGCCGCCUCCUCGUCACUGCCUCUCGCUUGCUCUUCCUGGUUGACCCCCUCCGUGCAUUUCAAGGAGAGCGCGCCGGGCGACCAGGGGACGGACGGGGCUACCUGCUGCGGCGCUCGGCCCUGGAGGUGUUCAUGAUCGACCGCUCCAACUUCUUCUUCAACUUUGAGGGCCCGGAGGAGCGGCUACGCGUGCACCGAGCCAUCCAGCAUGCCAACCCACCGCACCUGCAGCAUCACUUCUCCCCCACUCUGGUGCGCCCUCCUCUCCUCACGCCCACGCCCCCCUGCACCUGUGCACGCCCUUUGUACGUCGUAACCUCGCCACACAUUGUACCCUUACCACUCUUACUGCCCCAGAUGACAUGGUAUGGACAUGCUCUUGCCUGCGUGUAUGGACAUGCUCUUGCCUGCGUGUAUGGACAUGCUCUUGCCUGCGUGUAUGGACAUGCUCUUGCCUGCGUGUACGGACAUGCUCUCGGCUGCAGCCAGGGGAGAGGGAUGGUGGUUGUACGGACAGCAGAGCCAGGGGAGAGGGAUGGUGGUUGUAUGGACAGCAGAGCCAGGGGAGAGGGAUGGUGGUUGUACGGACAGCAGAGCCAGGGGAGAGGGAUGGUGGUUGUACGGACAGCAGAGCCAGGGGAGAGGGAUGGUGGUUGUACGGACAGCAGAGCCAGGGGAGAGGGAUGGUGGUUGUACGGACAGCAGAGCCAGGGGAGAGGGAUGGUGGUUGUACGGACAGCAGAGCCAGGGGAUUGCCAUGUGUUGCUGUUUGCCCCCUUGUCUCACAACCUUGCUUCCAUCCGCUCAUCGCUGCUCGUCAUAUCACCAGCGUUGACCAUUUCAUUCACCUCAACGCUCUUACCAGCUGAUCCCAUUGUUUUCUUGUUGCCAUGUCGUUCCCCUCCCCGCGUGUGCUCGGGUCGCGCCGUUUAUCAGAUCACCAACUUCGACUACCUCAUGCAGCUCAACACCCUGGCGGGCCGCACCUUCAACGAUGUCACCCAGGACUAUACCUCAAAGGAGCUCGACCUCACCAACCCAGCCACCUUCAGAGACCUCUCCAAGGUGCCUCGUCCUUUCUCCUCCAAAUACCUUCUUCUUUACUUCACAUACACAUCUAAAUGCCUUCAGUAUUCAUACUCUUCUAGCUCCACUCUCUUUCAAAUCCCACCUCGUGUUCUUUCACCUUGCCUUUUCACCCAAGUUCCCACACAUCCCCAACACACCUCUCCCCGCCCCCCUCCCUCGCGAGUGCAGCCGGUGGGGGCACUGGAUGCGGGGCGGUUGGAGAAGUUUGUGGAGCGGUACCACAGCUUUGCGGACCCCAUCAUCCCCAAGUUCCACUACGGCUCGCACUACUCCAGCGCCGGCAUUGUCAGUCGACCUCUUCCCUUCACACACAGGGCGCACUAUCUGCUGCCAGUCCAGCCCAAGGGGGGGCACUUCCACCACCCCGACCGCCUCGCCUCUUCCCCACCCCCUUCCCGCCCCACAACCCCCCGUUCCUCUUUCCCGCCCCACAACCCCCCGUUCGUCUUUCCCGCCCCACAACCCCCCGUUCCUCUUUCCCGCCCCACAACCCCCCGUUCCUCUUUCCCCUUCCCGCCCCACAACCCCCCGUUCCUCUUUCCCCUUCCCGCCCCACAACCCCCCGUUGGUCUGUCCGGAGGCGGCAUUCAGGUGGCGCACUAUCUGCUGCGAGUGGAGCCCUAUACGUCUCUCGCCCUGGCCCUGCAGGGCGGGCAGUUUGACCACCCCGACCGCCUGUUCCUGGACGUGGCUGCCACGUGGCGGGGAGUCACCUCCGACAUGAGCGAUGUCAAGGAGCUGGUGAGGCAUGUCAAGGAGCUGGUGAGGCAUGUCAAGGAGCUGAUCCCGGAGUGGUUCUGUCUACCGGAGAUGUUCACCAACAUCAACGGGCUGCACCUCGGCUCCACGCAGAAGGGCGAGGUCAUCG